CCAGCCUGCAUGAAUUACGUGGAUGUACUGAAGGCUUGUGAUUUUUGCUGCCUGCAAUAUAUGACGGGCGUUUAGACCGCGUGUCGUCUCUCCACUAACGAGAGAGUAGGUUGUAUCUUUAGGACUCUUCACUGUAUCCACCUGAGACCGUUAUAUGUCAGUAAGAAGCCAACGAAUGAGGUUCUACACACAUCAGCAUCACCGCAGGUGUAUCUGCAGCAGCACUUUGGAAUUUACACCGUACGGCAUCGGCACCGCACAAUACCUGUGCGCACGAUCUACUUGCUUAUAUUCGCACAAAGUUGGAAUUGGGAUAGGGGGUGUUGGUGGUCUAUGAAUGUGGCCAAGCGUGCCCCCCACCACAACAUCUGCCUCUGUGCCUGUGGGGACUAUGCGCUGCACAACCCUGAAUGCACUGGCCGGUGGUUUGCGAGAACAGGGAGGGGGGUGGAGCAGCAGCAGGGGGUCGAGGGGGGCGCAGCAUGCCGCCUCCCUUCCGCAUCGCUGUGCUGGGGGCACAAGGCGUGGGCAAGACUGCCAUCGUGCAGCGCUUCCUCCACGAUGACUACAGCGAGGCGCCCACCCCGGCAACCAGCCGCGCCCGCCGUGUCCACCUGUCUGCUGCUGUGCUCAAUGGCCACGUGCACGACCUGCAGAUCACCGACUAUCCUGCCAUCACCAGCUUCCCCGGGAACUCAAUGCAGGAGUGGACAGACACCUGCUGCCGAGGUAUCCGCAGCGCUCACGUCUACAUCCUGGUCUAUGACAUCUGCUGCUUCGACAGCUUUGAAUACAUCAAGACCAUGCGCCAGCAGAUCCUAGAGACCAGGGUGUUGGGCACAGGCGACAUGCCCAUCCUGGUCGUGGGGAACAAGCGGGACUUGCAGCGGGGGCGUGUUAUCCCCCGCCACAACAUGUCCGACCUGGUGAGGAAGAACUGGAAGUGUGGCUACGUGGAGUGUUCGGCCAAAUUCAACUGGCAUGUGCUUCUGCUGUUCGGGGAGGCUCUGCGCAGUGUGGGCUGUGCCCGCUGCAAACACGUCCAUGCAACCAUCCGCUUCCAACGGGCACUAAGAAACGAACGCUGUGCCCUCAUGUGAUUUACUCAGUGACGGUGGGUGCGCACCAGAGUGGCAUUGAGGGCCAUUGGUACAGUAAACCUCCCUAGGACCACCAUGGCUGAUCACAUUUCUGUCCUGUGAAGCUACAGUAUUAACAUGUAACAGCCCUCUGUUUUGCUGCUAUCUGACUUGAUCAGGGAUGGAGAGUACCACCCUAUCCAUCUUUGAUAUUUUCUUGAUUUGGAGGCAGCUAAACCAACCCCUUGCUGUAAAAAUUCUGAACUCGUUCAAGUACACUAAAGGAACUUUCCAGCAUCUGCUGAUGCAUUCUCUCUGCUCGGAUGUCUUGAAGGUGCACACUUGAGCAUAUAAUCCCCAGAGGUAGCUAUACGAAUUCCGUACACAAACCCAUCUCAAUUAGUCCUCUGAAACCAAAACAUCCAACCAUAGGGAGAAUUCUGUUAAAUGGAGUAAUCCAGUCCACCUUUACGCUCCACUCGCAAACAAACAACUGUGUACAUACUAAAAUCUACAACUGUAGAAGCACAUAAGGGUGUUUAUAUACAAACACAACUCAGACCAAACCCCCGAUAUGAGACUGUUAAUGAUAUACUGUAAAAAAUAAGGUCUAAAUGUAAUAAAAUGCUAGAUGUGGUUGCCAACAUAUCGGCCUGUUCAGGUCCUCUGAACUGCUAAAUACAGCAAUAAAUGAACAUGCCAUGCUUGAAUGUUAGUAACCUUUGGUAAAACGUAGGAAUAAGGGGGAACAAAAGGACAAACUUGUUUCCUAUAAGGUUGUAUUCAAUGAAAUGUUUUAUUUAUUUUUAUUUCACCUGGUAGGCUAGUUGAGAACAAGUUCUCAUUUACAAUUGCGACCUGGUCAAGAUAAAGCAAAGCAGUGCAACACAAACAGAGUUACA